AUGCCGCAUCAGUCUCUGACGCCGCAUCAGUCUCUGACGCCACAUCAGUCACUGACGCCGCAUCAGUCACUGACGCCGCAUCAGUCACUGACGCCGCAUCAGUCUCUGACGCCGCAUCAGUCUCUGACGCCGCAUCAGUCUCUGACGCCGCAUCAGUCUCUGACGCCGCAUCAGUCUCUGACGCCGCAUCAGUCUCUGACGCCGCAUCAGUCUCUGACGCCGCCUCAGUCUCUGACGCCGCAUCAUCUCUCUGACGCCGCAUCAGUCUCUGACGCCGCAUCAAUCUCUGACGCCGCAUCAGUCUCUGACGCCGCAUCAGUCACUGACGCCGCAUCAGUCUCUCUGACGCCGCAUCAGUCACUGACGCCGCAUCAGUCUCUGACGUCGCAUCAGUCUCUGACGCCGCAUCAGUCUCUGACGCCGCAUCAGUCUCUGAGGCCGCAUCAGUCUCUGACGCCGCUGAGGCCGCAUCAGUCUCUGACGCCGCAUCAGUCUCUGACGCCGCAUCAGUCUCUGACGCCGCAUCAGUCUCUGACGCCGCAUCAUCUCUCUGACGCCGCAUCAGUCUCUGACGCCGCAUCAGUCUCUGACGCCGCAUCAGUCUCUCUGACGCUGCAUCAGUCUCUGACGUCGCAUCAGUCUCUGACGCCGCAUCAGUCUCUGACGCCGCAUCAGUCUCUGACGCCGCAUCAGUCACUGACGCCGCAUCAGUCUCUGACGUCGCAUCAGUCUCUGACGCCGCAUCAGUCUCUGACGCCGCAUCAGUCUCUCUGA